AUGUUUCGAAGAGCUUUGUCAAAUGCACCCCGCGUUGCCGGUAGAGUGUUAUCGGCAAACAGCCACUCCGCUAUCAGACCUCUACCAGCUCAGAUUGCAUCGCCAUCUUUCGUUACUGGUCGCAGGUCAUAUCAUGAAAAGGUCCUCGAUCAUUAUUCGCGGCCGAGAAAUGUUGGCAGUAUGUCAAAGACGGAUACCGAUGUAGGGACUGGCUUGGUCGGCGCGCCAGCAUGUGGCGAUGUCAUGAAGCUGCAAAUCAGAGUGGAUCCAGAUACGAACACUAUUUCCGAUGUGAAGUUUAAGACAUUUGGCUGUGGUUCGGCCAUUGCUUCUUCUUCAUACUUGACAGAAUUGGUGCGAGGAAUGACACUUGAAGAGGCCGGUCGAGUGAGAAAUACAGAAAUUGCAAAGGAGCUCUGUCUUCCACCUGUGAAGCUCCAUUGCUCUAUGCUUGCCGAGGAUGCCAUCAAAUCUGCUAUCUCGAAUUACUACACCAAGAACCCUAAAUCCCAAUCUACGAACCUCGGAGGUACUGGUGCAUCCAUGCCAAAGAUUGACGUAGACGCAGUGAUGGAACCCGCACAGUCUCAGACAGCAACAGUUUAA